GAUGGGGGGUAGGGGAGACUGGGGACAGUCGCAACAAGGGACAGUUGCAACAAGUCUCUUUCCUCCAAUCAGAAACAUGCUAGAGUGAUGACACUCAUACUGCACAUGCGCAGUCAACCCCUCCCCCCACCAAGAAGAAAGAAACAUAUUCAACAUCUGCUGCUGCAGUCACUGAACAAAACGUUCAGUGAAAAAGGACCGUCUAAAAAAAGACGGGCCUUCGAGGCCCUAAGUCAGGAUCUCCCUGGGCAAGUUUCCAACGUCAAGUAUGAUGUUAAACGUAUCCCUGGACUACUGAGACGUAAAUCUGACCACAAGAAGAAAUCCGUGAAUACCGGUGUUGGUGUUCGUGUUGAUGCUGGUGCGGGCGUUGAUGCUGGUAUUGGUGCUGGUGUUGAUGCUGGUUCUGGUAUAGAUGCUGGUGCUGGUAUAGAUGCUGGUGCUGGUGUUGAUGCUGGUGUUGGUGCUGGUAUAGAUGCUGGUGCUGGUGUUGGUGUUGAUGCUGGUAUAUAUGCUGGUGUUGGUGCUGAUGCUGGUGCUGGUAUAUAUGCUGGUGUUGGUGCUGAUGCUGGUGCUGGUAUAGAUGCUGGUGCUGGUGCUGGUGUUGAUGCCAAUUCCACCAUUCAUGAGAACAGGGUACCAAUGUCUAGCGAUCUAGACAAAUACAUCUGCCUUCUGUUGGAAACAGAAAAUGUUAUGUUGGUAGAUGAGGAGGGUAAAGUGUUCAUCAUCAACACAUUCAACCAUUCCACCAAAUGUCUUAAUAAUGAUGAUUUUGCCAUAAUCACUAGAAGAGCAAUGCAGUUUCCAGAGGGCUGCAGGUGGAUAUAUAUGUGUUCAUGCAAUGACCACCAUUCCAGGCACAUCUUGGCACUGUCUACACACGUGGACACAUCCUUUGAUGAGUUGGCCUGGGUGGACUGUCUCCACAUCAAUGCAUUUAAUGGGGUUUUGCCCAGUAUUGAGGAUGUCCCGGAUAGUCCCAGUGAAAUGGAGCACAGUUAUGCCACUAAUGGAACAACAGUUACUUUGUUGUUGAAAAAGAUGGAUAUGCAAUCAUCAAAGUGAGUGCUGGCGCAAUGAGGUGUCAGACGUGCCGUUUGCACCAGAGGAACUGCUGCCACGUGCAAAUCCUGCAGGACAUCCUCAACGAUGAAGCACACCUUUUAUUGUUAGGGAUUAAGGAGGCAAUGAAAGAGGGUUCUCUAUACCCUGACACUGUGAAAGAGGCUGUUUCCACAGAACCAGUCCUCUUUCACAUUCCUUUACCAGAUAGGGUAUGUGUUUGUUGACCAUGUAGUUUUGUAAAAGGUCUAGGUAUUUUUCCCCUCUGUAUAUGAUCCGAUUCUGACUCAAUUUCUGUUCCAGGUUCGUUAUGGGACUGCUGUUCCUAAUCUUCACAAAGAGAAGGAUGGAGUUCCUCCUGUAUCCCACCCCCAAGGAACAAUGUGACUGUGGCAGGCCAUUAUCAUUGACCCCUCAGAAAGAUACACAUUGCCAUUGGUACACCAGAUGCCAUGUGUACAAAGUGAAAGGCCGUCAACUCACAUGCACAAUGUGUCCCAAAACUCAUAACUAUGAUGGUGGAUGUGAUUUCAUUCUAAACAUGGCCACAUACAUGGUGCACCAUGAAGUCCUCAGGGACUAUGUUUAUCAUUUCCUAAAUUCAAGGCAAGUUAACCAAAUAUGAUAUGUAAUCAUGUGUAGAAACACAGAUUAUUAUCAAACCUUUGGUGCUCAACAUGUUUGUUCUUUAUCUG